AGUUCCAAGUUUGGAGCUUUUAGCUGCCAGCCCUGGCCCAUCAUGUAGCUGCAGCACAGCCUUCCCUAACGUUGCAACUGGGGGAAAAAUCACUUUCCAGUCUGUUUUGCAAGGUGUGCAUUUCCAUCUUGAUUCCCUGAAAGUCCAUCUGCUGCAUCGGUCAAGAGAAACUCCACUUGCAUGAAGAUUGCACGCCUGCAGCUUGCAUCUUUGUUGCAAAACUAGCUACAGAAGAGAAGCAAGGCAAAGUCUUUUGUGCUCCCCUCCCCCAUCAAAGGAAAGGGGAAAAUGUCUCAGUCGAAAGGCAGGAAGCGAAACCCUGGCCUUAAAAUUCCAAAAGAAGCAUUUGAACAACCUCAGACCAGUUCCACGCCACCUCGAGACUUAGACUCCAAAGCUUGCAUUUCUAUUGGAAAUCAGAACUUUGAGGUGAAGGCAGAUGAUCUGGAACCAAUAAUGGAACUGGGGCGAGGUGCGUACGGGGUCGUGGAGAAGAUGCGACACGUGCCCAGCGGGCAGAUCAUGGCGGUGAAGCGGAUCCGGGCCACAGUAAAUAGCCAGGAGCAGAAAAGGCUACUGAUGGAUUUGGAUAUUUCCAUGAGGACAGUGGACUGUCCUUUCACAGUCACCUUUUAUGGUGCACUCUUCCGGGAGGGUGAUGUUUGGAUUUGCAUGGAACUCAUGGAUACGUCGCUAGAUAAAUUCUACAAACAAGUGAUUGACAAAGGCCAAACAAUUCCAGAGGACAUCUUAGGGAAAAUAGCAGUUUCUAUUGUAAAGGCGUUAGAACAUUUACACAGUAAGCUCUCUGUCAUUCAUCGAGACGUCAAGCCUUCCAACGUGCUGAUCAACACUCUGGGCCAAGUAAAGAUGUGCGAUUUUGGAAUCAGUGGCUACCUUGUAGACUCAGUCGCUAAAACCAUUGAUGCAGGAUGCAAACCGUACAUGGCCCCCGAAAGAAUAAACCCAGAGCUCAAUCAGAAGGGAUAUAGUGUGAAGUCUGACAUUUGGAGUCUGGGCAUCACAAUGAUUGAGUUGGCGAUCCUUCGGUUUCCCUAUGACUCUUGGGGAACUCCCUUCCAACAGCUCAAACAGGUGGUAGAGGAGCCCUCACCACAGCUCCCGGGAGACAAGUUCACCGAAGAGUUUGUUGACUUUACCUCACAGUGCUUGAAGAAGAAUUCCAAAGAACGGCCAACAUAUCCAGAACUUAUGCAACAUCCAUUUUUCACCCUACACGAAUCCAAAGCAACAGACGUGGCAUCUUUUGUAAAAUUGAUUCUUGGAGACUAAAUACCGUGGACUCAAUUGGUUGGCCCUCCUGUGGAUUGGUGGGUUUACAGGGUGAAGCAGGUUCACUAAAGCACCAAUAGAAACUCAUCCUUGAGAUAAUUUAAUCCUGCCUCUCAGAAGGUUGUUUUCCCCCAUUUUCUGUCCUUUUCUUUUCCUUUUUUUCCCCUCCAAAGGGGGCCUUGGAAUCUAUAGUAUAGAAUGAACUGUCUAGAUGGAUGAAAUAUGGCAAAGGCUUAGGACUUAAAAAGGUGAUUAAAUAUUUAAUGAUGUGUCAUAUGAGUCCUUAAGCUUCUCAGACUUCUCUUGUUCUUCAUAAAACGAAUGCAUUGGCCCUGGUCAAAAGGUGCUACCGUAGUGAUGAAAUUGUAAGUAGAUCUGUAGUCUGUCCCACUUAUUAUUUUAAUAUUUAUGUUUAAGUGCUUGGUUGAAAAGAUUCCAUUUUAUGCAAGGAGGGAGAUACAAGAGGCAAGGUUGGGUUGGCAAUAUUUAUAGGGCUUUUAUUUUUAAGUUCAGUCGUGUCUGUGGUCCAGAGGAAACUAUUUAAUAUGCAUCUUUAAGAGUAUUAUAACAAUGACAGUGAGGAGCUCUUCUUUGUAAAACACCUGUUCCAGCUGUUGUGGCUGCUUGCCACAUCCUUAGAUUUCUGCUCAACUCCUGGGUAGUAACCACAUAUUUCAGGUGAAGUGGUGAGGUAUCCCAGUCAUACCCUUUCCCCAACUUUGGGAAACAUAAAAUCACUUUUGUCACAUCUCAGAGUCACGAGUUGGGUUCUCUUGGCCUUUGUGGUAUUAAUGGAAUGUGAUUCCUGAUGCAGUUUUUUAAUCACCUAUCUACCCUUCUACACGUGUGCCUGUGUAUAUUUGCUAAGUCCCACGCUCCGCCAAGUGGCUUCUGUGGACAUCUCUACUUAGCGAGGAGGAUAUAUGUCAGUUCUGAGAGGAGAUGUCAUGUCAAACCACACUGGGAAUUGGUGCCUUCUUCUGCUUCUGUCCCUCCUUACAAUGCAUAAGCCCCAAGGUUUGCCUUUGUGUUAAGAUGCGCUUUUUGCUUUCUUCUCUUCUCCCCCCUUGUUCAAUAAAGAAGCCUUACUAUUGACGGGAGGGCUGCAAUACAAGAAAAUAAAAGUUCUUUGACAGGAUAGGAGAUAAUGGGGAAGGUUGAAUUAGUUCCUAGGAAUAGACGGCCCGAUUGCCAGUGGUUGAGGCCACAUUUCACUUCAGUAGCACACAGCAGCACGGGGUAGCACUCCGUAGGAGGCUAGUGCCAUUAUGGGUUCCUGGCAGGUUGACAACGCAGUGAAAGCUCUUUCUUAAGACUAAAUAUGCCCCUAGGUUCUCUAGGUUCCUUGAUGAAAAGUGAGUGAAUUGAUGCAGGGAAGCUGUAAACCGAUAAUAACCAGCAAACAUGGCUUUUGGACGUUGGGUUUACACGAGGCUAUUCUUGAAGGACAACGAUGGAGAAUUUUGGUGAGAAAGGAAGAAGAGAACUCCCUCUCUUUCUUUUCUUUGCCUCAAGUUCACAGAUAUGGAGAUUAUUCCUCCUGAAAAUCUUCUCUUCUUUCCCUUUUAGAUUUUGAAAUGUAGUCGUUAGUUUUUCUGUGUCUGCAUUUUCCCCUUGUUCUUGUCUUUUGUCUGGCUCAGAGCAGUUGCCCAGAGCGAGUAUGGCCCUCCCGUACCUUCUUUGUAUCCCUAGUUCCAAGAGAUACCUGUUUGAUCAAAUGUAGUUUCAUCUUCUUUAAAGCUACCUCUGUUCCUCAUCUUCUUCCAGCCGGGAAAAGUGUAUUAUCCUAGUGAUUAUGGCCAUUCUCUUUCUCACCUACCUUACUAAAUUGGGCGGUUUCCCUUGUUGAGACCAAGAGAAAAAAAACAUCACAACUGUAUUCCUUCUUUUCUUCAUCUGUUUAAUGAAAAAAGCAAGUAGUAGAAAACUCGGAGGUCCCUCCGUCACAGCUUUUGGCGGAGUAUGUAAGGCAAAGCCUCGUUCUGGUCUGAGUCAGACAACUCAUACCUGUUGUUCAGUGCGGUUUCUACUUAGAAAUAUUCUUAACCGAGUGUGUUCUCAUGCAUUCGCCUCUCCAGUUUGUGAACCCAGGGCCCAAACUUGCAAAACAAUCGUACUGAGACAGAGAAGGAGUUUGUCAAUGGUUCUCAACCUGAUGCACACUGGAAUCAACUGGGAGCUGGUGAACACCGCCUGUGCCAAGUUUGGGAUUUCAUUGGUCCAGGGUGGGGCCUGGGAAUUGGCAUAUUUCACACGCCAUGUCAGAGAGGGUGUGUUCCUGGAAUACUGACUUGGAACUUGGAAUACAUUGUCCCCAUAGAAAUGAUGUACAACAUGGUGAUUAGAUAUCUUAUGUGCUCAAGUAGAAUGGCUUGCUAGACUUACAAGUCUAAAUUCUAGAGUGUGUGUGUGUGUGUGUGUGUGUGUGUGUGUGUGUGUGAACCGUGUUAUAAGUUCUAAACUAAUUUUAAAAUAAAGAGAGAGAUGUGUAAACCAUAUUUAAGUUGAUAUAAGUUGGAAGGUCUCCUGUACAUACACACAGGUCACUCGACCCUCUAUAUUACUCCACUCAUUGUGCAUCAGCAUUAUUAUUGUUUGUGGUUACCUUUGGUUGAUUAGCUUUUUAAUUGUGGUCCUACCCUCCUGUGCUCUUUGUUAGUCCUGAAAUGUCAGACGUCCAAGUCUAGGACAUGAAAUACUCAUUAGCCUCAGCAUUUGAGGAAGCCAGCCCUGAGACUAACGCGACCCCUGGCUUCUCCAAGUGCAUUUGAUUUAGUGUCUUUGGAAGGUAGUCACAAAAGUGACAGAGAAGGGCUAAUGUUUUCAUAGUUUUUAACACUAAAAAUGCUUUUCUUGACCAAGAGGCUUCAUUAGCUCUGUUCAGAGAAACUACUCUGUUUCUCCCAAAGUCGUCUAACAAAAUGCUUAAUCUUUGGCUUAAAAGUGCAAUGGAUGCCCAGUUCCUGAUUUCCCCCCCAAAUGCUUGUUUUGGUGAUGUGACUGCCUGUGGCCUUGAAGGGAAGAUUCAUAUAUUCAUAAAAUUCAUUGGAGUUGGUGGUCAGAUCAAGUAAAAUGAAUUAAAUCUCUAUCGUGUUGGGGAUUUUGUCUUCUUAAUGCCUAUCUAUGACUUAGAGGGAGAUUUGCUGGCUUAAAAGCAACCUUCCAUUUUUUAUUGAAUUAGCAAAUAGAAGAUGCAGUUGUUAAUUGGACCCCUGAAAAUUUACAUAUUCAGGUGGAAAAAUGCCAGAGUAAAAUCUGGGAGGUGGAAGCUAUCAAACCAACCCUAUUAGAAUAGAAAAAAAGAGAGAUUUUAUUGUAGAAGGUCUGUGUUCCUCUUGUCUAGGGGUGUGUGUGUGUGUGCACGCAUGUGUGUGUGUUUUAGCACUGUUAAUAUGCUGGCAGCUAAAGAUGCUCUUUGGUUUUCUUUGGCUUUAAUUGGGGUACUCUGGAUUUCUUUAGGAAUCUGUUGAAAGCUAGGACCUUUUCCCUAGGAAAACGCACAUGGUACAUGGAACACGUAGUUUUGCAAACAUGUUUUGUUGAGGGGAGGGGAGUGGAGUGCAGUUUAUAGACCCCGCAGGAUCAAUAACCUCUGCUCUGCAGAAUGUGGGCUGUGACGUUCUAGACCAAGACUGGCAAAGUUUUUCUGUAAAGGGCCAGAUAGUAAAUAUUUUUGGCUUUGGGUUGCAUUAGUCUGUUACAACUACACAGGUCUGGGGUUGCAGUAUGGAAGCAUCCAUAAAUAAUACACAAAUGAA